AUGAGUUCCGCGAUGCAAGGCCCAGCGGUGACGUCGUCGUCGACGUUUCUGUCGAAUAUCAUUGGCAAGCCGGUCAACGUGAAGCUGCACUCCGGGAUGCUGUACCAGGGCACGCUCGAGUCGAUCGACGGGUUCAUGAACGUGGCGCUGGUGGACGCGAGCGAGUACUACGAGAGCGAGCAGAACCCGGUGAUCCACCGGUACGAGUCGGACGUGUUCCUGCGCGGAACGCAGGUGAUGUACAUCAGCGAGCUGUAG